UUCAUCAACUUCUCAUAAUGAUAUCUGAAAACAAUAGUAAGGCUAAAAAUCAAUCCGCAAAAUCGAACAAAUCCGUUAUGGAUGCGAAAAAGGAAACACCUGUAGGCAAAACAAAGGGCGACAAUGGACUCAGGAAACCCGGAUCCAACUGGGAAAGGUUCAAGAAUAUCUUGGAUGGACCAGACCCAAAAAACUCAGAUAAUCCUGUAGUUAAAGUGAAAAGAGCAAAGCGCACUUACAGGCCAUUUAAUCCGGAAACCGAAUGUGAGCCACAAGUUAGUCAGGUUCAAAAGCAGCAAGAAAUCACAAGUACGACUGCAGAGAAAAAAAAGCCAUCUGCGUACACAGGACUUACGAAAGCCAUUGGUAUUGAUUGUGAAAUGGUUGGAAUAGGCAAUGGUGGUGUUGAUAGUAUGAUAGCUCGCGUUUCUAUUGUAAACAAGAAUGGAUUUUGUGUGUACGAUAAAUAUGUCAAGCCUACAGAAGAAGUUACAGAUUUCAGAACUGCUGUCAGUGGUAUCAGACCUCAUCAUUUGGCUAAAGGAGAAUACUUCAAAGUCGUUCAAAAAGAAGUGGCUGAUAUUCUGAAGGGAAGAAUACUGGUUGGUCAUGCUCUGCACAAUGAUUUAGCAGUUUUGUUCUUGUCACAUCCAAAAAAGAGUCAGCGAGACACAUCGAGAUAUAAAUUUUUCAAAAAAAUAACCAAAGGCAACACUCCAAGUCUAAAAAAACUAGCGUCUGAAUUGCUCGGAAUAGAUAUACAAUCUGGUGAACAUAAUUCGAUUGAAGAUGCUCGAGCAGCCAUGCAGUUGUAUCAGUUGUACAAGAGAAAGUGGGAGCUCGAGAUAAAAAAAUGAUUAUGAUAGUUGUCUGUGCUAUUAAUUUGUGUUAAGUUAUUAUGCUUGUUUAUUACACUUUAAAAAGUAUAUUUUUGAUUAAAAAAUUGACUAGCUACCUAAAGCAUGAAUCAAAGACUUAUUUUACCACGAACAUUGUAAAUAUAGAUUAAACAAAGGAAAAUGUAUUCCUAUCGGAAAAGGAAGACUGAGGGUCAACAGAUAGUGGUCAAAGAACCGCAAGCGUAAAGAUCUGAAACCUUGUCCGGUAAGGAAGGAAAAAUCGUGAUAUAAAAUAACACGCGAGUUUGUAUAUUGCUUUAGUCGCAUUGAGAAGCGGCUCAAAGUAACGCUGUUAAAAGUGAUCAAUCAAAAGUUAUAAUAAAGCUGUACAAAUAGUGUAUCCUUUCUUUUGAAAAUGUCAGCAACGCGUUAGCAUGAAAUGAACAGUUGAUUUUUUUUUUUCAUUGAAAUAAAAACAUAUUGUAAAUUCUUGUACAGCUCAGCACUUGAAAUACAAAUGAGAAAUUUGCGUAUGAGUUGAGAAUAUUUCAUUGCUUGAAUCCUACCAAUAAAGUGAGAAUUAUUACACAA